ACAAGUUUUCCAUUUGUAUUGGAACAGAUCUGCAUUUUAAGUCAUGUGUCCCAGAGAUAAGGACACCUAUAAAGUGGCACGGAGUUGAGCCUACAGCACCCAGCAACUGGCACCAUGAUCGGACUCCUCUUUGCUGUGCUGAUCCUGGCACCUGCAGCCUUUGGCUGUGGGGUUCCUGCCUACCCACCUCUUGUGUCCAGAGUUGUUGGAGGGGAAAAUGCAAGACCAUACAGCUGGCCCUGGCAGGCUUCCCUUCAAUACUAUUCCAAUGGCAAGUGGAGCCACACCUGUGGGGGAACCCUCAUUGCCACCAACUGGGUUAUGACAGCUGCCCACUGCAUCAGUUCUUCUAUGACAUAUCGAGUGCUUCUUGGAAAAUACAACCUCGCAGUUGAGGAAAAAGGAGCAGUUGCAAUUUAUCCACAAAAGCUCAUUGUUAAUAAGAACUGGAAUUCACAGAAUGUUGCAAAUGGGUACGACAUUGCUUUGAUCAAACUGUCCCAGCACGUCACCUUGAGUGACCACAUUCAGCUGGCCUGCCUGCCCCCUGCCCAGAGCAUCCUGUCCUCCAACACUGCCUGCUAUGUCACCGGCUGGGGAAGGCUGCAGACUAAUGGACCCCUCCCUGAUGACCUGCAGCAAGGCCUCCUGCGGGUGGUGGAUUAUGCAACCUGCUCCCUACCUACCUGGUGGGGCAGCUCAGUGAAACCCUCCAUGGUUUGUGCUGGCGGGGAUGGAAUCACCUCCAGCUGCAGUGGGGACUCUGGAGGCCCACUGAACUGCCAGGGGGCUGAUGGCAGGUGGGAAGUGCACGGCAUCGUCAGCUUUGGCUCUGCUAUCAGCUGCAACCAGUACCACAAACCCUCUGUGUUCACUCGGGUCUCUGCCUACAUCAGCUGGAUCGAGCAGGUUAUGGCAAGCAACUAAUCCCAUGAGAACUGGACGAGAGAUGCCAUGGAGGAAAUCAGUUCGAAUAAAGUCAUAAUCAUGACGCCUUUGAUCAAAAAGAAUUAGGAAAUUACCCUUUUAACAACACAAGUAUUAAACCAAACACUAGUGAAAUAAACUGUAUUUUCUGCAAGCAAA